GCCUCUAGGCUCAUCCAGAAUUUGAAGAGAUGUGGCAGCAUUGAUCUACUUUUGUUCUGCAUUCGCGCCGAAAGACUCACUACUACGGUUAGGAGCAGUUACCGGCUCUUUCAUGACUUCUUCUGCGAGAAGAAGGUUUCCAUUGUUCUCGCAAUCGAUCAC